CCCCCCCCCAACCCUCUUUCCCCUACUCGCCGGAGCUUCUAGAGACAUAACAUAUGGAUCGGAGGUUGUAUGAGGCAUCGGUACGAGGGGAAGUGCCUGCCUUUCUCGAUUUGAUUAAAGAAGACGAGGACCUUAUCAAUCAAACGACCUAUCAAACCUCCAACAGCGUCUUACAUAUCGCUGCGAAGUUCGGAAACCUUGACUUGGCCACCGAGAUCGUUAAACAACAGCCGGAGAUGGUGUCGGCAGUGAACGAGAAGAUGGAAACUCCAUUGCAUGAAGCAUGUAGGGAAGGGCACAUGGUGCUGAUGGAGCUACUGUUAGCAACUGACCCUCGAGUUGCUUACAAGCUUAACCUCCAUAACGAGAGUGUGCUCUUUGUGGCCUGUGGUCGUGGCCAGUUCAACCUAGUGAAGCUGCUGCUGGCGCACCGUUCAUGGCUGCUGUUGUUGGAGGAUGAUAGACCCACAACUUCCCUUCAUGUCGCGGCAUCGGCAGGCUAUUUCGAUAUUGUGAAGGAAAUACUGAAAACACAGCCGGACCUGGCAUCGAGAAAGGACCGUCAUGGAUGUUCUCCAUUGCACCUGGCUUGUAGCAAAGGGCACUUAGAUAUAACAAGGGAGCUUCUAAGAUUGGAACCUGAUCUCUCUUCUUUGCAAGACAAGGACGGCAAAACACCACUUCAUUCUGCAGCAAGCAAAGGAAGAGUCAAUAUCCUCGACGAGAUCCUCUCGACGAGCCUUGAUUCCGCCGAGAUGGUAACCGAACAGGGAGAGACAGUUCUACAUCUAGCCGUCAAGAACAACCAGUACGAAGCCGUCAGGUACCUGGUGGAUAACCUAAAUAUCACCAACCUCUUGAACAUGCCCGACAAAGACGGCAACACCGUCUUGCAUCUCGCCUCUGCCGGAAAGCUCACUGCAAUGGUUACAUUCCUGGUCACCAAGACAAAUAUUGACGUCAACGCUCUGAAUCGGAAAGGAUUCACGGCCCUCGACGUUGUAGAGAUCAGUGGCAGCAGCUCCGGUACCCUCCAACUCAUACCCACAUUACAGGAAGCCGGCGGUAAGCGAUGCGAUCAGUUGCCUCCAGGAUCGCCCAAAAUCCACCGACUUACUAUCCAAACCAAUAACCCAGAAGCAUCAAUAUUAGUAGAUGAAAGACCACCAUCGCCAGUUCAACCUUCUUCACGGUCGACCACAUCCAUGGCCCAUCGCCAUAACCGACGGAGACACAGCAGUGGCCGUCGAGAAAAGCAACGGAAGCUCCACAUGGAGGGCUUGACAAAUGUGCGAAACACCAUCGUAGUUGUGGCUGUUCUAAUAGCCACCGUGACAUUCGCUGCCGGCGUCAGUCCUCCCGGUGGUGUUCACCAAGACGGGCCACUGAUCGGUAAGUCAGCAGUCGGAAGGAAGACUGCUUUCAAGGUCUUCAUGGUCUGCAACAACAUAGCAUUGUUCUCUUCACUGGGAAUAGUGAUCGUUCUUGUGAGUGUCAUUCCCUUCCGACGAAAAAAGAUGAUGAAACUUGUGGCAGCCACACACAAAGUGAUGUGGGUUUCAGUGUCGUUCAUGGCUGCGGCCUACAUAGCAGCCUCGUGGGUGGUCACGCCAAGUGGCAAGGGAACAAAGUGGGUUCGAGUGGCUGUGCUGUCAAUUGGGGGAGGGUGCGUGAUGUUCAUUUUUGUGGGGCUUAUGAUUAUGUUGACAAAGCACUGGCUAAGGAAGUUGGAAUGGAGGAGGAAGAGAGAAGGGAGGAAGAAGGCGAGCCCUAACAGUAGCAUAAGUCGGGUAGAGGACGACCUGCAUUACUCUAGGAAGAAAGGUAGCUCUUACUCGAGUAACUCUGAUAUGGAGAGCUCCGAGAAGGAAGGUAUACACCCAUUUUAAAAGUUUUUAAGCCCAUCAGAUUCCGUUAGCGUAUCGAUUUAG